GAGGAGCCGGACACAUAAAAGUCAGAGACAUCUGAAGAAAUAGUAAUCUCUCUCUCUCUCACACACACACAGACACACACACCCCACUCUCUAAACUGUUAUCUGACGCCGGCAAUCAGAGACUCGAUUAGUCAUGGGCGGUGAGAUGCGAUACGAGAUCAGCCAAAACGCGUACAUCAAACUCGUUCUACAUGCCCUAAAGCACACCACCUCCGCCGUCAACGGCGUCCUCCUCGGCCGCGUCUCCGGCGGCGGCACCAGUCCCGUCCUCGAGAUCACCGACUCUGUCCCACUCUUCCACUCUCAGAUCGGUCUGCUUCCUCCCCUCGAGAUCGCCCUAAUUCAGAUAGAGGAUUACUAUGGUGCUCAAGGUUUGAAUAUUGUUGGUUAUUAUCACGCGAAUGAAAGAUUCGAUGAUUUCGAGCUCAAUAAUGUCGCCAAGAACAUUGGUGAUCACAUAUAUCGUUAUUUCCCCCAAGCUGCUGUGCUUUUGUUGGAUAACAAGAAGCUUGAAGCUUUACCAAAGAGUAAGGAAAGGAGUCCUGUGAUGCAGCUUUAUACGAGGAAUGGGAGUUGGAAGUUAGUUGGAUCAGAUGGAAGUAGCCGGCUGACUAUAAAGGAGCCAUCUGGAAAUAUUGUUCUAUUGGACUAUAUGUCAUCUGAGAAAUGGCAUAAUAUCAUUGAUUUUGAUGACCAUCUCAAUGACAUUAGCAAGGACUGGCUGAACCCGGAACUCUUCACUUAAGUAUUCUUAUUGAUUAUCUGCAUUUCAGCAUUAUUGAAUGGGGUAAUUACCAAUUAUUCUCAUUCAGUUGCUUGUGCUGGAAUUUUGAACAACCAAUUUUCCAGAAAACAAAGCAAAGAUGUGACACAUAUGAAUCAGGGGCUUGAUAUUUUUUGUUUUUGUUUGUGGAAACUUUUAUUCUUCUGUCAACCUAAUAUUUAUAAUUGUCUGUCAGGUUUAAAAUUUCAGAGGGAAUGAACUCAAUUUUCUUAUAUCUAACACUUGAGCUGAAGUUUCCAGCAUUUGAUGGAAUGAAUACACACGUUAGUAUUUCUCCUCA